GCACCCCAGUUUAUAGUCUUGUCGUUUCCCAGUUGGGUUCUUGUGAAUUCCUCAGUUCGAAACCGCACUUGGGUUGGUCUCUGCGGGUCAAAUCUUGCAGUGCUGAGGUUUAUCGACUGUUUCUUUUUUUCUUUUUUUUUUUCUUUUUUUUUUGAGGGGCUUUGCUGCGGGUGGUGGUGUUGCUGUUUUUGCUGGAGAUUUUGGAUUUGAAGCGAGUCAAGAUGGUGAAGAUAUGCUGCAUUGGUGCUGGGUAUGUCGGGGGUCCAACCAUGGCCAUGAUCGCGCUGAAGUGCCCCGACAUCGAGGUUGUGGUAGUCGACAUCAGUAAGCCCAGGAUUGCGGCUUGGAACAGCGACGAUCUGCCAAUUUACGAGCCAGGUUUGGACGAGGUUGUGAAGCAGUGCCGGGACAAGAACCUGUUCUUUUCCACGGAGGUGGAGAAACACGUCGCAGAGGCAGAUAUUGUGUUCGUGUCUGUGAACACGCCCACGAAGACGCGGGGUUUGGGAGCUGGGAAGGCCGCGGAUCUGACGUAUUGGGAGAGCGCAGCGCGUAUGAUUGCGGAUGUGUCCAAGAGUGAUAAGAUCGUGGUGGAGAAGUCGACUGUGCCCGUGAAGACUGCCGAGGCCAUCGAGAAGAUUUUGACACACAAUAAGAAGGGUAUCAAUUUCCAGAUCUUGUCGAACCCGGAGUUUCUUGCCGAGGGGACUGCGAUGGAGGAUUUGGACAAGCCUGACCGUGUGCUGAUUGGAGGUCGUGAGACUCCCGGUGGCCAGAAGGCGGUUGCGGCUCUCAAGGCUGUGUAUGCUCACUGGGUGCCGGAGGAUCGCAUCAUUACUACCAACUUGUGGUCUGCCGAGCUCUCCAAGCUCGCCGCCAACGCUUUUCUGGCGCAGAGGAUUUCGUCCAUCAACGCCAUGUCCGCUUUGUGCGAGUCCACUGGCGCGGAUGUGAAUGAGGUUGCGUAUGCCAUUGGGAAGGACAGUCGCAUUGGCCCGAAGUUCUUGAACGCAAGCGUUGGCUUCGGUGGGUCUUGCUUCCAGAAGGAUAUCCUCAACUUGGUGUACAUCUGCGAGUGCAACGGCCUCCUCGAGGUUGCCCACUACUGGAAGCAGGUGGUGUCGAUCAACGACUACCAGAAGACGAGAUUCGUCAAGCGCGUUGUAUCGUCCAUGUUCAACACUGUGUCCGGAAAGAAGAUUGCCGUUCUUGGAUUUGCUUUCAAGAAGGACACUGGUGACACACGAGAGACGCCCGCUAUUGAUGUCUGCCAUGGCUUACUAGGCGACAAGGCCCUGCUUAGCAUUUACGAUCCCCAGGUGACAGAGGAGCAGAUUAAGCGUGACUUGGCUAUGAACAAGUUCGAUUGGGAUCAUCCCCAGCACUUGCAACCUCAAAGUCCGACUGCUUUCAAGCAAGUGAGCGUUGUAUGGGAUGUCUAUGAAGCGUGUAAGGAUGCUCAUGGUAUCUGCGUCAUUACUGAAUGGGAUGAGUUCAAGAAGCUCGACUACCAGAAGAUCUACGACAAUAUGCAGAAGCCCGCCUUCCUCUUCGAUGGACGCAAUGUGCUCAACGUCGAGGAGAUGCGCAAGAUCGGUUUUGUCGUGUAUUCCAUUGGAAAGCCUCUGGAUCCAUGGAUCAAGGAUCUCCAAGUCUCCAUCUAGAUAAAGCACCGUAGUGGCUGAUUUUUACUUUACAUCAUUCUUUACCCCUGACCUGUAGUGCACCGGUCAGUACGCACCCUGGUCUUGUUUACGCCUUUGGCUUCAGGACAGGAUUAUGCACAUAGACAGUACAUAGCGUCAAAAGAUCGCGCUGUUCUCACUUACUAAUGUUUGAGGCUGCUCGAAUUUUAAUCUCUAGAGAUUUUAUAGCCUUAGAUUUGACGGUUUAGAACCUGGUGCCCACGUCACUGAAUCAGAUGAAGGCCAAUGUUGUCUGGAGACGGUAUAUUCCUCUGAUUGGUUAUUUGAAGGACACUGCGCAGUCACUUAUCAACACUUUGAAAUACAAGGUUGCAAAGCAUACUAGAUGUGUUUCCUUUUUUUUUUCA